CAAUCACGGAUGUGGCUUAGUCCUCGCAGCUGCCCCGGAGAGCUGUUCAGAGUGUACGAGCCUCAAUCAUGAAUCCAGAAGAACGCGUUGUGACAUGGCUUAUAUCUUUGGGAGUUUUAGAGUCUCCCAAAAAGACCAUCUGUGAUCCAGAGGAGUUCUUGAAGUCCUCUCUGAAAAAUGGGGUAGUGUUGUGCAAACUCAUCAACAGACUUCUGCCUGGUUCGGUGGAGAAGUACUGUCUGGAGCCCCAAACUGAGGCCGACUGCAUCAACAACAUCAAUGACUUCCUGAAAGGAUGUGCAACCCUUCAAGUGGAAGUAUUUGAGCCUGAUGACCUUUAUUCAGGGAUCAAUUUCUCCAAGGUUCUGAAUACUCUUUUAGCUGUCAACAAAGCAACAGAAGAUCAGCUAUCAGAAAGACCAUGUGGACGGUCCUCUUCUCUUAGCACUACCAACGGCUCUCCCACAACCCCCCAGGCAGCAGUUCCCAGCACAACUCCAGCGCAGCAAAGCCAGGCAAAGGCUGUGGAGAUGACGGAAAAUGGAAGUCACCAGUUGAUAGUAAAGGCAAGAUUCAACUUCAAGCAGACUAAUGAAGAUGAAUUGUCAGUUUGUAAAGGGGACAUCAUUUAUGUCACUCGAGUUGAAGAAGGAGGCUGGUGGGAAGGCACACUGAAUGGGAGAACAGGAUGGUUCCCUAGUAAUUAUGUCCGAGAAAUUAAACCAAGUGAGAGACCUCUGUCCCCUAAAGCUGUCAAAGGAUUUGACACUGCUCCGCUUACCAAGAAUUACUACACUGUGGUGUUACAGAACAUCUUGGACACUGAAAAGGAAUAUGCCAAAGAACUUCAGUCUCUUCUCGUUACUUAUCUAAGACCCUUGCAGUCUAAUAACAACCUUAGUACUGUGGAGUUUACAUGUUUAUUGGGAAACUUUGAAGAAGUAUGCACAUUUCAACAGACACUCUGCCAAGCCUUGGAAGAAUGUUCAAAGUUUCCAGAAAACCAGCACAAAGUAGGAGGCUGUCUACUGAACCUCAUGCCUCAUUUUAAAUCAAUGUACCUGGCUUACUGUGCAAAUCAUCCUUCAGCUGUCAACGUGCUCACCCAGCACAGUGAUGAUCUAGAACGAUUCAUGGAAAACCAAGGUGCAUCCAGCCCGGGUAUCCUCAUUUUAACAACAAGCCUCAGCAAACCAUUCAUGCGACUGGAAAAGUAUGUUACUCUUUUGCAAGAGCUGGAGCGACAUAUGGAGGACACUCAUCCGGAUCAUCAGGACAUUCUGAAAGCAAUCAUAGCAUUCAAAACCCUCAUGGGGCAGUGUCAAGAUCUGAGAAAGAGAAAACAACUGGAAUUGCAGAUCCUUUCAGAACCUAUUCAGGCAUGGGAAGGAGACGAUAUUAAGACCCUGGGAAAUGUCAUCUUUAUGUCACAAGUAAUGGUGCAGUAUGGAACCUGUGAGGAAAAAGAAGAACGAUAUUUCAUGCUGUUUUCAAGUGUCUUGAUAAUGUUGUCUGCAAGUCCUCGGAUGAGUGGCUUUAUCUAUCAGGGAAAAAUACCACUAGCAGGGAUGGUGGUGGCUAGAUUAGAUGAAAUUGAAGGGAAUGAGUACGCGUUUGAAAUCACAGGUAAUGUGGUAGAGAGAACUGUGGUCUAUUGCAACAAUAGCCAGGACUUCCAGGAAUGGCUGGAGCAGCUGAACAGACUGACCAGAGGACCAGCCUCUUGCAGUUCAUUAUCUAAGACCUCAUCAUCAUCAUGUAGUGCUCAUUCUUCUUUUAGCUCUACUGGACAGCCCCGAGGACCCUUGGAGCCUCCUCAAAUUAUAAAACCGUGGAGUUUAAGUUGCCUACGACCUGCACCUCCACUUAGACCAUCAGCAGCACUAGGUUAUAAAGAGAGGAUGUCUUAUAUCUUAAAGGAAUCUAGUAAGAGCCCCAAAACAAUGAAGAAGUUUCUUCACAAAAGAAAGACGGAGAGAAAAGCAUCUGAGGAAGAAUACGUGAUUAGGAAAAGUACAGCUGCUCUGGAAGAGGAUGCUCAGAUUCUUAAGGUGAUCGAAGCCUACUGCACCAGCGCCAGUUUUCAACAAGGUACUCGGAAGGAUUCUGUUCCACAAGUUCUCCUCCCUGAGGAAGAGAAACUCAUUAUUGAAGAAACCAGAAGUAACGGGCAGACCAUCAUUGAAGAAAAGAGCCUUGUUGAUACUGUUUAUGCCUUGAAGGAUGAGGUCAAAGAACUGAAGCAGGAGAAUAAGAGAAUGAAGCAAUGCCUGGAAGAAGAAUUGAAGUCGAGGAAGGACCUAGAAAAACUGGUCCGGAAGCUGUUGAAGCAAACAGAUGAAUGCAUCCGAGCUGAAUCCAGCAGCAAGAGCCCAAUCCUCCCAUAACCGUCACUGUGCCGCUGAGCACAGGGCCUUCAGCACUUGCUGAGUUGGCCAGCUGAAUGAUUUGACUGUGCACUUCA